AUGCAACGAUUGAAAAGAACUCAAUGCGAUCAUUCAGAGCAGAAACCAAUGCAUGCAAAUCAUGGAGUGGUGGAAGAACGGAUAAAAAUCUCAAAAUGUCAUAAAAGAAACCGAUUGUUGAAAAAUUUAUUUUAUAGAUCUAUUGAUUGUAAAUUCAUGGGAGGAGCUGCGAGAAGAGAAAAUCCAUAUACGGUUGGAAAGAAGGUGGAUUUGAUUCCGAUCACUAGUAUUGAAGAUGAGAAAAAAUUAUUGAAAAGAUGUGCUUCACUGGGAUUUACUAGAAAUGGUCAUCAUUUAAUUGCAUAUACUUUAGAAGAUGACAUUGCUCAAGACUCUACCAACGCUUCAUUUGAACAUCAGAUGUUAGAUAGCACUAAAAAACGUUUAUUCCUUGUGUUUUUCCAAUUUGACGUGCACAAACGAUUAAAAUUGGACGUCAUGUUUCAAUUAGUGACCAACAAUGUAACAGAAAUAUUAUUUAAAAAGAAUAGACACGUCCUUCCACAAGAAAUGCAAAAUCAUGGUACCAACAAUGCUACAAAUACAAAUUUCCCUACAGUUGACUCCAAUGGUCAAUUACUAUCAAAUCCAGACUACAAAACAAUUGUAAAGAAUAAGAACAUUUCUCUCGAUGAUUACAUUCCCAAAUUUAUGGUGAACGACAUUCAUUUCCAUGUGACUGAAUCCAUUGAGGAAGAUGUGUUUUUUGUUUACCAAUAUUGCACAACUGUAGCUGAGAAAAUUUUUCUGCUUUCAAUAUUUCCUAACAUUCUUAAUAUUUCAGAAGGAAACAUUUAUUCUGUCACUAUUAGGUAUAGCUCUUCGACAGAUAUCAAUACUAGCAUUUUUAAUCCAAUGUUUCAUGUGGUGAAUUAUUGGACAGAAGACGAAGAUGGAAGCGUUAACAUGUUAUCAUCACAACAUCAUGACGCUACUAGGCAUUAUUAUUCAUUCUGUACAAGUCAUAGCAAAUUUUCCACAAACAAACAACAAUCGUACUUGAUUGCACUGCCAACCUCGAAUACCAUAGAGUUAUUUCUGCUGAAACCCACCGCCAUCCAUUCUAAAUUCCAAGUGCACGAUCCAUUCGAGAGAGACAUUCUUGAAGAUCAUCAAGAUUCAUGCAUCCACAAAGGACUAAGUGACAAUGUCUCCUUUGAAUAUGUUCCAUUACUUAAAAGGAGUGACUUGUUGCAAACAAGUUUCACACACGCUAGCCAGUUUUAUCAUUUUCAUGUGGAGGAGUUUCUCAUGUCAACCUUAGAGAAAGGCGAGAAAAUUACGGAUUAUGGUUUCAAAAUUAUCAAAUGCCAAGAUUCAACAAAUUGUCUUUUCUUUGUGGUAGUGGUUGAUGUGAUCUCCAUCACUCAAGAUUAUGCAGAGAGACGAGUGGUUUAUCAUUGCUGUAUUAAAUUUACCAAUCAAUCUGAACGCUGCAUUCCAACCUUAAAGAUCAUUCACCAACAAUCGACUCUAAUAGAUCCCAAAUUUUCAACCUUUCAAUUCGCACAAACUCUUUGUGUCAUGUAUUUGAAAAUGGAGCCACUAAGACAAACCAAUUUUCAAACUCAUACCAAUGAAAAUCUUUUUACCACAGGACAAUCCUCGAAAGCAAUUCCACAUCCAUUGUUACCUCUUUGCAUUGUCAACAAUAAUCCUAAAUACACAUCUCCACAACACCGUUGA